UGCCUGUCAGGUCGGUCUCAUCUGUUCUGUGCGUCUAAAUCUUUGUGGAUAUUUUUGUUUGUUUUCUAUUGUUAGAAUAAUAAAUUGAACAAAAUGUCGCAAAAGCAAACAAGGAAACGUGGAGCAAACUACACCCAAGAGGAAAAGUCAAUAUUGCUGCAACUCAUCAUGCAAUAUAAGGACAUUGUGGAAAGCAAAAGAACUGGUGGCAUUGUUAUUCAAAGGAAAAAGGAGGUUUGGAACACCAUCACUUCUAAAUAUAACAGCAGCUGCACUAGUGGUCCCAGGGAUGUAGACCAGCUGAAAGCAUUGUAUGACAACAUGAAGCAAAAAUCUCGCAAAGAAAUUGGUGAAAAAAAUAAAGAAGCAUACAUUCGGGCAACAGAAAUGGAAGUUGUGACUGAGGAAGACUUAACACAAGCUUUAAUGAAUAUUAAAGAAGACAAGAUUGAAAUGAAAAAAACUGGUGGUGGCUAUUGGAAACCAAAAACUACAGACUCUGAUGCAAAAGUCCUUUCUAUAAUAAAAGAACAAACGGAACCACUACACAAUCCGUAUGAUAGCGCUGCAGUUUUUUUUAAUGAUGUAGUUGAAAUAACUUGUUCCAGCCAAAACAACAUAUUAAUUGAAAAUAAUGAUAAAAUAUUAUGUGCAUCUUCUUUGAACACACCUUGCUUAUCUACACAAGAAGAAGUAAUGGAAAUAACUAUGAGUUCAUGUCCCGAAGAAGUAAUAAUAGAAACCCCAAAAAGAGUAACUACCGAAUGUCAGGGAAAAGUUAAUAAGAGAAAAGAGUUAUCAAUGGAGUCUGGCAAUAUAAAGAAAAUUAGUAGACCACCAGCAGCACAUAGCAAACUGCUACAUAAAAAUAAAGUGACGCAAAGAAAAUUAAUAAAACAGUCCUCCGCAGAUGAGUUGAAGAAAUUAUAUUUUAAGAAAAAAUGUCAAAAUGCUGACUUAGAGAGGAAAAAGUUCAUGCUAGAAAUUUUACAAAUGAAAAAAGAGCAUGAACUUCGAAUGCUGAUUUUAAAAAAGCAAACUAAUUAAG